UCCUCUCACUAUUCGCCAUCGGCGCCUAUUUUCAUUUUCCAAAUUCCAUAUUCGACCUCCAAACUCGGCGCCGCAGUGAAAUCCGAAAGGUUCCGAUUCGCUUACCGUCCGUUAGCGUUAGGGUUUGCUUCAGCGUCGUGAGCAUGGACGUGGAGGAAAAAGCUCUGGUGCUAGGGAAGCUGAUGGAGGUGGCGAACGAGAUUUCUGAGAUCUCUAACUUCAAAUGCUUGGUCAGGAAGCAGUGUUGCGAUCUCAGAAGGCGAGUGAGGCUCUUGACGCCUCUGUUCGAGGAAAUGGGGGAGAUUAAGGACAAAUUCUCGGAAGAGACCGUGAAAGCUCUGCUCCUUUUGAAGGAUGGUUCCGAGAGGGCCAAGGAUUUGCUUCAAUUUGGCGCUCGAGGCAGCAAGCUUUAUAUGGUACUGAAGGGAAAGCAUUUCAAGUAUAAAUUUGAGGAACUUGCAGCUCAUUUUGAACAAGCUUUAGGUGAUAUUUCCUACCACAAAUUUGACAUUUCAGAUGAAGUUAAAGAGCAGGUUGAGCUUGUGCAUUCUCAAUUUAGAAGAGCCAAGGAACGGAUCGAUGCACCUGGCUUGGAGCUUUAUGAGGACCUGUUAUCCCUGUACAACCAGAGCAAUGAUGUGGAUACUGAACCAGGCAUUCUACAUGCAUUAUGUGAAAAGCUCAUGUUUAUGGAAGUUGAAGACAUCAAACAAGAAUCACUUGCUUUACAGGAGAUGGCCAGUUCCACUGAUGAAGAUUUAGAGGAAAGUGUAAAGAAGAUGUCAAUACUGCUGAAAAAAAUUGAAAAUUAUGUGAAGGCAAAAUAUUGCAACACUGGUCCAUAUGCAAGUAAUAAUUGCUCUCUCCAUUGCAGUGAUCAGGGAUACACUGACCAGUGUUCCCAAUCACGAGUUAUACCAGAUGAUUUUCGCUGCCCAAUAUCACUUGAGUUGAUGAAAGAUCCUGUCAUCAUUUGCACUGGGCAGACUUAUGAGCGAAAAUACAUUAAGAAAUGGAUUGAAGCUGGACAUGGAACGUGUCCAAAGACACAGCAGAUUCUUUCCAGCGCUAACCUCACUCCCAACUAUGUUUUGUCUAGCCUAAUAUCCACUUGGUGUGAGGUGAAUGGGGUGGAACCCCCUAAACGGUCAGGCAAUUCACGCCAAGGUAGGGUUGUCUCUAGUGGUUCUGCUGAAAGUGUGGAGCUUGAUGCUCUCCUGAGCAAGCUCACCUCUGAUAACAUCGAGGACCAGCGGAGUGCUGCUGGCGAGCUCCGGCUUCUUGCCAAGCACAAUGGUGAUAAUCGUGUGUUGAUUGCUGAGGCUGGUGCCAUACCCCUCCUUGUUGGCCUCCUCUAUGCAUCUGACAUGCACACCCAAGAGCAUGCCGUCACUGCCCUCUUGAACCUAUCCAUUUGUGAGGAUAACAAAGGGUGCAUCAUAUCUUCUGAGGCUGUUCCCGGAAUCCUUCAUGUGCUCAAGAAUGGGAGUAUGGAGGCACGGGAGAAUGCAGCAGCCACGUUUUUCAGCCUGUCUAUGGUUGAUGAGUACAAAGUGAUUAUUGGUACAUCUGGAGCAAUCCCAGCACUAGUAACACUUCUGGUUGAAGGUAGCCAAAGAGGGAAGGUAGAUGCAGCAUCAGCCCUUUUCAAUUUAUGCAUAUAUCAAGGGAACAAGGGGCGGACAAUCAGGACUGGUGUUGUGCCCUUGCUGAUGACACUACUUAGGGAACCUGGUGGUGAAAUGUUAGAUGAGGCAUUGGCAAUUAUGGCUAUACUGGCUAGUCACCCUGAUGGAAAAGUUGCCAUUGGAGCUUUGAAUGCUGUGUCAACUUUUGUGAAGUUAAUUGGGAAUGGAUCUCCCAGGAAUAGAGAAAAUGCAACUGCAGUGCUGGUCCACCUUUGUGGUGGAGAUCCUCAGCAUAUGUCAGAGGCCAAGGCACUUGGUGUGAAGACUCUCCUCUUGGAUCUGGCAGAAAAUGGCACAGACAGGGGCAAGCGGAAGGCUGCUCAGUUGCUUGAGCUUAUAGGUAACUCUGAAGAGCAUCAUGAGCAAGCUCAGAUGCAAGCUGAUGACCAGCCUCAGCCUCAGCCAUCACAUUUGCCAUUAAUAGCAAGCGAUAUAGAAUAGGAAAAUACUUGGGGGGUGCUACAACCCCCUUACAAACAGAUGUGAUAGUUCACGUGAGUACCACAUGGCAUAACACAUGAAAAAAAUUACGUAACAAAAUUUGACAGGUAAAUUUAAUUAUUUAGUGGCGGACAUAGUAAGUGCAACAUGGAUUGCCACUUCAGUGUGGUAAGGAAUUUGUAUUACCCCUGACAACACUCUACAUAUUAUAGCUAAGGGUGUAAUUUCCAUUUUAUUUUGUCAUUGCUGCAUUAUUGUUCAUUAGCUUCUUUGUAUAAGAGGGAAGCUAAUUGCCAUUUACAAUGUAAUAAUUUAUGCUAUGGGGUUGAUGAGAGGUAUUGUAAAGAGGCCUUUUUAGGUAUGGAAGAAGUUGAGGUUGCGGAUA